UUUAAGCUGUAGCUUAUUCCUGAUAUAGUUAUUUAUAAUGUGGCGCGUUAUUAUACUCAUUGCCGUUUCAGUGGCAGGUGUAACAACGAAAAGUUGCGUCAAACGUAGAUCGGAAUCCACCGGAGAUGAAGAUGGGCAUUAUUGUGUCUGUAAUGCAACGUAUUGCGAUACAACUCCGCAUGUGUUCAAACCGCGCAAUCUCGAAAGAUAUUUUCUAAUAACAUCAAACAAAGAUGGACUACGAUUUCAUGUAUCAAGCAACAUAUUUAGAAAUUUUACUCCAAAUGAUUUUUCAUCGGGGAAAAUCAGCGUAAAUCGGAGACAAAGAUAUCAGGACAUCAUCGGCUUUGGAGGAGCGCUGACUGACUCAGCAAGCUUCAAUAUCUUCAGUUUGUCAAAACAUGCUAAUAAUAAUUUAAUGAAGAGUUACUUUGGACCAGGCGGUAUCGAAUACAGUAUGAUCAGAAUGCCAAUGGCAUGUUCGGAUUUCUCAUGGAGACCUUAUAGCUACUUGAUGGACAAUGAUACUUCCCUUUCCAAUUUCUCUUUAACGAGGGAAGAUAAUUUUUACAAGAUACCGAUAGUAAAGAAAGCUUUACGGAUGAGAAAUGGCAAAAUAAAAUUGUUGACACUGCCGUGGUCCCCAAGUUCUUGGAUGAAAACGGAUAACACUACUCUAAAUGAGAAUUCGUUACGCCCGGAAUAUCGGAGAGUAUGGGCAGAUUAUUUCGUAAAAUAUCUUGAGGCUUAUCAAAAUAAUAGUAUAGAAUUUUGGGCUUUGUCAAUUCAAAAUGAGCCAGCCAGUUAUCUCUAUACUCCCUUCGAAAUCUACGGACUACGUAUGACUUCCAAGGCACAAGCCAAUUUUCUCGUCAACUAUCUAUCGCCUGCUCUAAAGAAAGCGGGAUUCGGGCAUAUUAAGAUCCUCAUAGGAGAAGAACAGAGACAAUUCUUUCCUGAGUGGGCAGAAGUGAUAUUUCAGAACCAAAAGGCCAGAAACGAGACUUAUGGAAUCGCUGUCCAUUGGUACUACGAUCAUCUUUAUAGUCCAAAUAUCCUGGAUAAAACAAAAGAACUCUUUCCGGAAAAAUAUAUAUUAUAUACAGAAGCGUGCACCGGACUUCUUUUUCACAAUUAUGAUAAACGAGUAGUUCUGGGGUCAUGGUUACGCGGUGAGAGAUAUGCACAAAAUAUCAUCGAAACUACGACACAUUUUGCGUCUAGUUGGAUAGACUGGAACAUCGCUCUAGACUUGACUGGUGGACCGAAUUGGCAGUCAAAUUUUGUUGAUUCGCCGAUAAUUGUCAACGCGAGCGCCGAUGAAUUUUACAAGCAGCCGAUGUUCUACGUGCUUGGACACUUUUCAAAAUAUGUUCCACCGGGUAGCGUGCGAAUUAGUUCAACUUUGGCAAGAAGUGAGGGAAUUGACAGCGUCGCAUUUUUCACACCCGACAAUGCUACUGUGUUGGUGAUUUUAAAUCGGAAUGAGGUAAACAAGAAAAUUUUGAUCGAAGAUUUCGAUAAAGGGACAAUAAAGAUAAAUGUCACUGCAAAGUCUAUAAAUACCAUAAAAUAUUGGUAAAUAAGAUAUAAACAUACUGUAGCAAUUGUAGUAGUGUAGCAGUCGUUAUAAGUGUACACUCGGGAAACGUGAAGUCUGAAAUGCAACUUGUGGAGUCGAGAGAAACGCUUCCCCUUCCACGCAUCAAUCCCCUUCAGUCGUGAUCAUUCGAUUAGGCGUCAAUUAAAGGAAAGAACUAUAUUGAUGUUUUUUCUUCAAUGUUUACAAAUCAUGAGUCUAAGUAAGUGCCUAAACCGCGAAAUUUGCGGCGCGAAAUCAAACAAUGCAAUCUUUGAUCUCGCGCUUUGUAAACACAGAAGAGAAAACAUCAAUAUGAUUCGAGCUUUCUUUUCUUUGACGUUCAACUGAAUGAUUACGACUGUAGAAGAAUGCCUCAUAGAAGAAUAAUUAAAGAAGUUCCCCCGGCUCGGCUAAUUGUACUUUAGACUUCAUAUUUCCUGAGUGUAUAUUUAAACGAAUACGGGUUCAUUGUUAUUUAAAACUUAUUUAUCUGUAACUUAUUUGUGUAUGUGUGUGUUUUAUAUUAAACUUUGUUACUAUA